UUUGCCUUCGUACCCUAAACGCACAGCCACACUCCGUUCCACCCAAAAAAUGGCAGCCGCCGCCGCACGCCCUCUAGUCACCGUCCAAGGACUCGACGGAGACAUGACAACCGACCAAUCCACCACCGUCUGCCUACCCGACGUCAUGACCGCGCCCGUUCGACCAGACAUCGUCAACUUCGUCCACGCCCAAAUCUCAAACAACAGCCGUCAGCCUUACGCCGUCUCCAAAAAGGCCGGUCACCAGACCUCCGCCGAGUCCUGGGGAACCGGACGCGCCGUUUCCCGUAUCCCUCGUGUUCCCGGUGGUGGAACCCACCGCGCAGGUCAAGCGGCCUUCGGAAACAUGUGUCGCGGUGGUCGGAUGUUCGCUCCGACUAAGAUCUGGAGACGCUGGCACCGUCGCGUCAACGUCAACAUGAAGAGGCACGCGAUCGUCUCGGCAAUCGCCGCCACCGCGGUUCCCGCGCUCGUGAUGGCACGUGGCCACAAGAUCGAGAAUGUCCCCGAGAUGCCUCUUGUUGUUAGCGACUCAGCUGAGGCCGUUGAGAAGACUAACGCCGCAAUCAAGGUUUUGAAGCAGAUCGGUGCUUAUGAUGACGCCGAGAAGGCGAAGGAUAGUAUUGGGAUUAGGUCUGGUGUUGGUAAGAUGAGGAACCGUCGUUACAUUUCUAGGAAAGGUCCUCUUGUUGUGUACGGAACCGAGGGAGCUAAGAUUGUGAAAGCGUUUAGGAACAUUACUGGCGUUGAGCUUUGUCACGUUGAGAGGCUUAACUUGUUGAAGCUAGCUCCUGGUGGUCAUCUUGGGAGGUUUGUUAUUUGGACUAAGUCUGCUUUUGAGAAGCUUGAGUCUAUCUAUGGAUCGUUUGAGAAGCCGUCUGAGAUGAAGAAGGGUUAUGUCUUGCCUCGUGCGAAGAUGGUGAAUGCUGAUUUGGCGAGGAUUAUUAACUCCGAUGAGGUUCAGAGUGUGGUGAAGCCGAUUAAGAAGGAUGCGAAGAGAGCUGUGAUGAAGAAGAAUCCGUUGAAGAAUCUUAAUGUGAUGCUUAAGUUGAAUCCUUAUGCUAAGACCGCGAAGAGGAUGUCUUUGUUGGCUGAAGCGCAGAGGGUUAAGUCUAAGAAGGAGAAGCUCGAGAAGAAGAGGAAGAGCGUCUCUAAGGAGCAAUCACAAGCCAUUAAAGCAGCAGGAAAGGCGUGGUACCAGACUAUGAUCUCCGACAGUGACUACACAGAGUUUGAUAACUUCACCAAGUGGCUCGGAGCCAGUCAGUAACAAGAAUAUUUUAUGAUUUUGUCGUCUCAUAUAAGAUUUUGGUUAUAUUUUAUGUUUUCUGAUCUUCAUUUCUCUUGGAUUUAUCUGUGUUCUAAUCUAUUGAGGACUUAUCUUGUUGGGUUAAGAGGAUUUGGUUAUGAACAUGUUUCAACUCUUCAAUU